ACCUCCCUUAACAACUUCUCACUCACUUCCAAUUUACAAUUCAUAGUUCUCAAGAUUUGCUCAAAAAUUAAUAUAUACUUCAGUAUUUUUAUCAUAAAGAUGGCAUCAAAUUCACUCACUGCUUGGACUCCAAGAGAAAACAAGAAAUUCGAGCAGGCACUCGCGGUCUACGAUAAGGACACAUCUGAUCGAUGGCAAAACAUUGCUAGAUAUGUUGGUGGGAAAUCAGUUGAAGAAGUUAAACAUCACUAUGCUAUACUUGUAGAGGAUCUUAAGCACAUUGAAUCCGGUGACGUCCCAUUCCCAAAAUACAAGUCAGGUGGAAAAUCUCGUUAAUCUAUUAAAGGAGUACGAGGUAUAAUACCAGUCAAAGUCAAAGAUAUGUGGUACGUGGAAAGACAUAUUAUUCUCUCAAAAUUAUGAAUACACUAAGUUAUAAUUUUCUUCUUAGAUCUAGUGAGAUGUGUUAGUGUUAUCAUUGUAUAACCCUGAAUAUUAUCGUUUCGAAUUAAUGAGCAUAAUAUAAUUUAUGGAUGUUGAAGUAAAAUUAUUGUGGUUGAUGUAAUGAUAAAUUUCAUAUUGUUGAGUUGCAGUACAUCGUUAAACAAUUGUUGUAACCAUAAUGGAGAUCAUAUCUUUUUGAAUGA